AGAGAGAGAGAGAGAGAGAGAGAGAGAGAGAGAGAGAGAAACCUUGCGGUCGUUUUCUAUUCGUUUGACUCGCGUUUUUUUUACGUGUGUAUUAAAAAAAAGAUGGCUGCGCGCGUAGUGCGUCGGGGCUUGUUGUUGACAGUCAGUAAAUGCAACAAGAACUUUGCACAAAGGUUAUUGAGAGGCAUGGAGUACAACUGUGGACAAGUACAGACCAGAGCGUAUAACUGGGGACUAUCCCGGACCAGAGCUCGGCCGGCCUGUUUAGCUUGUGCUCUGUGCAGUUCUCUGCAGACCAGGUUCAUGUCAUCGCGAAACAGGCCAGAUGGGAAAGUGCUGGAAACUGUUGGGGUGCUUGAGGCACCAAAGCAGCAGGGGAAGUAUGAAACAGGCCAGCUUUUCCUUCACGGUGUAUUUGGCUACAGAGGGAUAGUGUUGUUCCCCUGGCAGGCUCGGCUCUACGAUCGAGAUGUCGGUCCUACCACCCCCGACAGUAAGACAGAGUCCCUGGGUCAUGAGUCAAAAGAGGUGAAAGGAAAAACACACACUUACUACCAGGUCCUCAUAGACAUCCGUGACUGCCCCCACAUAAUGACCGUGUUAUUUCAGUCCCAGAGGUCUCAAACAGAGGCGGUUACGUUUCUGGCAAAUCAUGAUGAUAGCAGGGCCUUGUACGCGAUACCAGGUCUGGACUACGUGAGUCAUGAAGACAUCCUGCCUUACAGCUCGACAGAACAAGUUCCCAUCCAGCAUGAGCUGUUUGAGCGCUUUCUCAUAUUUAACCCAUCUAAAAUGCCCUCUUUUAGCCCGAGAGAUACACUCCAGGCCUGGCAGAAGAAGAACCAUCCGUGGCUGGAGCUAUCUGAUGUACACAGGGAGACCACAGAGAACAUCCGUGUCACUGUUAUUCCCUUCUACAUGGGCAUGAGGGAAGCACAGAAUUCGUAUGUGUACUGGUGGCGAUACUCUAUCCGGCUGGAGAACCUGGGCAGCGAUGUGGUUCAGCUCCGCGAAAGGCAUUGGAGAAUCUUCAGCCUGUCUGGCACUCUGGAGACAGUACGCGGCAGAGGCGUUGUUGGCCGGGAGCCAGUGUUGUCAAAGGAGCAGCCAGCAUUUCAAUACAGCAGCCAUGUGUCUUUGCAGGCUCCUAGUGGCCAUAUGUGGGGGACAUUUCGCAUUGAGAGGACAGAUGGCUCCCACUUCGAUGUGCGCAUUCCACCUUUCUCACUGGAGAGCAAUAAGGAUGACAAAUCGCCCCCUGCUGGUUAUACUCUAUAACACACCCCCACCCAGAGGACCCGCUUAUCAAAGCUGGCCCCAUUAUGCUGCUCUAUGGAACUAUGCUUAAGCACAGUGUUUCCCAGUCCUGGCCAUAGAGUGCCCACUGCACAUUUUCCCUGCUCUGACAUGCCCAGUUGCAAAGAGCUAAACGUAGAUACGCUUACGGAGCCGUUCGUUGCUGAUGAGCUGAGCCAGGCUUGUUGGGAACAAGUGAAAUAAAGUUUGCAGUGUGUGUGUGUGUGUGUGUACUUCAGCAGCAGGGGAAACGCUGCUGGGGGCGUGGCUUGAUGUGAAAUAAAAUGAACACAUUUUGCGGUGUUGUAACCCAGUGGUGGGUGCGUUUCAGUAUGCAAGGGAACAAAAAAAGGAUUUUGUAGUUCAUGGUUUGAAGGGCUUCCUGUAUGUGAAAUAAUUUUCAAAUAGUGUUGAAUGAGACAUGCGGUUUUCUUAGUUGUGAGAGUUCAUACCUGCUAGCAGGGUAAUGGUAUUUUAACUGGGAAGCUCCCUCACUCCCAGGCCAAGACCCAUCUUGGAAUCACUUCAUCGUACGCGGUUGUGUUUGAUGGAUUUUGAGCUUACAUUCUGUUCAUUUGGAGAGUGGAUGGCUGAGCAGGAAUUUAACUGUAUUCAGGGUGAAGGGAUCAUAAAGGGUAUAACACUGCAGCCAAGAUGGCUGUUGUAAUUCUGAUUUCAUGGCAACGUUUACCACUCGGUAGUGGAGUGUUUUGCCAGAUUCAGCCUUGUUGGCUUGAGAAACUUGAGCGUCUUGUAGAAUGUUUGAGUACACUGAUGCAUUGACACGGUUAGUAAUGUGAUGUAAGUAAUGUUAAAACAAAAAUAAAUGCACAUUUGAAAGUA